UUGAGAGGUUUACGAUGCGGUUCAUUGAGUUGGAUCUUCUCCGUCAGAACAGGACCCACAAAUGGCGAACAUGAUAGCGAAGCCAAAGCUCUCACAGUACAAUUUGGGUCCACAGGAGCUGCCUAUCUCGUUUUGUGAUUGUUAUGUUAAGCUGCAGCAUAGCUUCAAGAGAAGGCGCACCCACCAGAGCAAGCAACCGAGAGAGAGACAUGCAGACAGACAGACAGAAAGAGCGCGUGAUAUUUGCAGGUUGGUUGACUCGAAGAUCAUCCUCCUCGAGAGUGUGAAUGGUGUACAGCAUCGCAUGCCUGCACGCGCACACGCACACACACACACAAAGCAGAGCUUCAGAUUCGUUUUUUCCGAGACUGCGCUGCCCUACACGAAAAGCUCGAGCUGUAGACACUCUCUUUCUUUUUUUUAGCCCCUUCUUGUUUUGUUCCUGGGAGAGGUAAUAAAAGCAGCCUUCCCCUACAAAAACGGGCAGCAGGGAAGGGGAAAGGGAAAGGGAUGCAGGCUUGAAGAUCGUUCCGCCUGGUUCUGCUGUGUGAUGAUUAAUGAUAGGCAGAUGACAUUGUUCUAGCACAGCCUGCUCGAGGCAUUUAACUCUCCAGCGAGGAGGAGCUUCAAUUUCUCAGCAAGCAGCUGUUGAGUAGCUGUGUUGUCGAGUGAAUGAGCGUGUCGGGGAGUUAGCUCGUAGGAGUAACACAACUCUGAGGUUGUCACCUCGUAGGUGUCUUGUUCUUUUGUGGUGUAAAAACGAGGCUGCUUGAAGGGAAAGGCGAGUGAUCCUCAGAGAGGAUUCUGGGUGUUGUAGCGGGAGUCAGAUUGGAGAUUGGAGAUUUGGCAUUGAAGAGGGUGUUGGUUGUUUUUCUUGAGUUUAUAGUUUGAUUUGGUGUCCUUCUGUUUAGUUUUUAUCUUCUGCGACACCCGACAAAAGGAUUCUUUGAGGUUAGAAGGGAAUACAUGUGGACUCAAAGAGCAGCAUGUCCGUGCUUGUCCAGUCGACGUGGGGAAUUGGUGGUGGGAAUAAACUGGCAGCAACAAUGCAAGGACUUUUGGGACCCGAAGCUGGUUAUGGUAGACCUGCAGCCGAAUGUGCUUGGGAUGGCGCGGGCAAAAGUGGCAGUCGGCAAUGGAGGCAGGCAAGCGGGGUUGUUGAAGGAAGGGGGAGAGACCACCGCCACCACCACGACCACGCGAAAGAUUGGUUGCUUGGAAUUCGCCGGGAGGCCGGACAAUGUGGACAGGUCUACUACAACGAUGACAGGGGUGGAGACGCAGAAAGAUCGUGUGAUAGUCAUCGCAGGUCCAACUGGAGUGGGCAAGUCGCGCUUCGCGAUAAACUUGGCGAAGCAGCUCGGGGGCGAGAUCAUCAGUGCCGAUUCAAUACAGGUUUACAAUGGCAUGAACGUCGGAAGCGCGAAGACGCCAUUGCAUGAGCGAGAGGGCGUUCCCCAUCACUUGCUUGACAUAGUUCCUCCUACAGAAGAAUACUCAGCCAGCCGAUUUUUCAAAGACGCCAGAGAUGCCACGGAGCUGGUGCUGGCGCGCGGCCGCGUACCCAUAGUCGUUGGAGGCACGUGCACUUACAUGCGCAGGUACAUGAGCGGAAAAGCUCUAGCUCCGAAAGCUACUCCUGAAGUGAGUGCUGUUAUUGAGGCCGAAAUUCGACGUUUGGUCAGUCGCCCUGGAGACUGGGAGAUGGCUGCACUUAGAUUAACCAAAGCAAGUGAUCCUGCGAAUGCUUACAGCUUUGCCCGUAACGAUUGGUACCGCCUUCGUCGCGCCCUCGAAGUAACAAUGCGGAUGCAUGUCUCUGGCCAGCCUCGGAGAGCUUUUCCUAAGCAGCACAACUACACGGUGGAUCACAUGGACGGAUUGGAGUGGGAUUCUGAUUAUGACUUCCAGUGCUACUUUUUUUAUCAACAUCGCAAGGAGCUGUAUCAUUGUAUAGAUCUGCGCUGCGAACAGAUGAUUGCAAAUCCACGGGGUUUGCUACAAGAAGCAUCAUGGCUUCUAGAUCUCGGAUUAACGCCUGAUUCAAGUUUCUCAUCUCGUGGGAUUGGUUACCAGGAAGCGAUGGAAUUUCUGAUGGAAUGCCGGAAAGCUGGGGGAAGGAGCACUGAGGAGAGGUUCCUGGCUUUUCUAUCAGCUUUCCAACAUGUUUCAAGGAGCCUGGUAAAAAAGCAACUUGCAUGGUUCCGGAGCAAUAAACAUAGCGACGUAAAGCAAUUUCACUGGAUUGACGCUUCUCAGCCAACGGAUAAGAUUUUGGAAGCAUUGAGGAAAGAAUACUGGCGACGGCCGGGAUACCCAUCUGAAUUGAGCGGAAGUGACGAUGUGAAGCACGCUAGUUACAUGGAGGGAAAAAUUCUGCGAUAUUACGAGGUUAAAAAUAGGAUUUUUACGAACCCAUCGGCAAUUGCAACUGUUUUGGUGUGGGUGAAGCAGACACAAGGAGACCGGAGUUUUCAACGGAGUGUAGUUAGAUUCUGAUUAAGCCGACAUACUGGGGACGAACCCCAUAUCAAGUCCUGGUCACUUGUCUGCAGUUUAAAAGUAGGUCUGGUAAAGCAUCUUUCAGGCCUCUCUAACAUUAUGCACGGAAGUAACAAAUCAACAAGGAUAUUGUCAUGGAUGCAGUUUUGGUAGAAAAUGUUAUUAUUUUUUAUUAUUUUUCUUCUUGAUUCAUCUUAAGAGCAAUCUGUACAUAUUGAAUUCUAAAUUUUUCCAAAUAACGUAAAUCCCUA